CAACUGACGGUCUGUAUCUUUAUACUGCUAAUUUUGGAUGCCAUUUCGGGUGGAAUGAAGGGUUAAUGCGUUAUUUUAAUACAAACUAUGAAGAACAGGAAACUUGGAUAGGAAGGAAUAUAUCUUGAACAUUGGUGAGCAACAGUGUCCGGUCUGUUGGAAGGAUGGAAACUCUCAUUCCCACCAUCAACCGGUUGCAGGAGGUCUUUCUAACACUGGGGGCGGAGAUCAUACAGUUACCUCAGAUAGUCGUGGUUGGAUCUCAGAGCAGUGGAAAGAGCUCUGUGUUGGAGAGCCUGGUUGGACGGGAUUUCUUGCCUCGAGGAUCAGGAAUAGUCACAAGACGACCCCUGGUGUUGCAGCUUGUUAAUGUUCCCCCAUUGCAGGAGAGGCUGAAGAUCGAGAACGGAAAUGGGAUUAAGCAAAAUGCCCAAAACAGCUACCCAGGUGUCAAAGCUGAAGAAUGGGGUACAUUUCUGCACUGCAAGAAUCAGAGCUUCACAGAUUUUCAGGAAAUUCGUCGGGAAAUUGAAGCAGAGACUGAACGAGGUUCAGGCGACAAUAAAGGGAUCAGUCCUGAGCCCAUAUAUCUGAAGAUUUUCUCUCCAAAAGUUCUUAAUCUUACUCUGGUUGAUUUACCUGGAAUUACAAAGGUUCCUGUUGGGGACCAGCCAAAGGACAUCGAGGCUCAAGUGCAAGAGAUGAUCUUGUCCUUUAUCUCCAAUCCAAACUGCCUUAUCCUCGCAGUGUCCCCUGCCAACUCUGACUUGGCCACAUCUGAUGCAUUAAAAUUGGCUCGUGAGGUUGAUCCAGAUGGCCGUCGAACACUGCUGGUGGUCAGUAAGCUGGACCUGAUGGAUGCAGGAACCGAUGCGCUGGAGGUCCUUCUGGGUCGAGUCAUUCCAGUCAGGCUUGGGAUUAUCGGGGUGGUUAACAGGAGCCAGCAUGACAUAAAUACUCAGAAAAGCCUGGAGGACUCAAUGAAGGAUGAGCAGGCUUUCUUGCAGCGCCACUAUCCCUCACUAGUGUCUCGCGCUGGCUCUCGCUAUCUGGCCAAAACUCUCAGCAGGCUGCUCAUGCACCACAUCCGGGACUGCUUGCCAGACCUCAAAACCCGAGUGACUGUGCUGAGUGCCCAGUACCAGGCAAGACUCAACAGCUACGGACAGCCCGUAGAGGAUCACAGUGCCACCCUGCUACAGAUAGUCACCAAGUUUGCCAGCGAUUAUUGCAACACGAUAGAGGGAACAGCCAGGCACAUACAAACCUCAGAGCUCUGUGGAGGUGCUCGGAUCUGUUAUAUAUUCCACGAGACCUUUGGCCGGACCUUGCAGUCUAUCGAUCCCCUGGCGGGCCUGACUGAUCUCGAUAUCCUCACUGCUAUCCGUAAUGCUACUGGCCCACGGCCAGCACUUUUUGUGCCCGAGGUGUCCUUUGAGCUGCUGGUGAAGCGGCAAAUUAAGCGUCUAGAGGAGCCCAGUCUGCGCUGCGUGGAGCUGGUUCAUGAAGAGCUGCAGCGGAUCAUCCAGCACUGUUCCUCCUUCAGUACACAGGAGCUUCUUCGAUUUCCCAAGCUGCACGAUUCCAUUGUGGAAGUAGUGACUGGAUUAUUGAGGAAACGCUUGCCGAUUACUAAUGAAAUGGUCCAUAAUUUAGUAGCAAUUGAGCUUGCCUACAUCAACACAAAGCAUCCAGACUUCACGGACGCGGCGCAGGUCUCCGCAUCUGUCAACAGUCAGCAGGCAGAGGCGCUUGACGGAGGGAAGCGCUGGAAGAACGAGAAGGUCACGGAAGAAAAAGCUGCAGCUGCAGGCUUUGGGAGCCCCAGCAAAGGCCAGGCCAUUAACCUCCUUGACACAGCUGUGCCAGUUUCCCGAAAGCUGAGCUCGAGGGAGCAGAGGGACUGUGAGGUCAUCCAGCGUCUCAUCAAGAGCUACUUCCUCAUUGUUCGCAAGAGCAUCCAAGACAGUGUGCCCAAGACAGUGAUGCAUUUCCUGGUGAACUACGUGAAAGAACAUCUGCAGAGUGAGCUGGUGGGUCAGCUUUACAAACAGCCACUGCUCCAGGAGCUGCUCAUUGAGUCACAGGACACGGCACAGCAGCGGACUGAGGUUGCUCAAAUGCUUGAGGCGCUUAAAAAAGCCAACAACAUCAUCUCUGAGAUCCGGGAGACUCAUUUUUGGUAACCAGAGGAACGCAACAACUUCUCUUGUGUCAAAGGAGAGCUUUGAGAGUUUGAAAGUGUAUGUGAGUUUUCGGCAGUCUGUGUUAAUGUGUGGCAGUACCACUGUUUUCUCACGGACCAGUGACCAUAGCACAUUCAGAUCUACUUUUUUUCCUCUCUGGCGGUUGCACUGAACAGCAUACCGGAGCUGUUGCUUUUCACUGUGAACACUGAGAGAGAGAGAUCAAUCACACUCAGGCUGAAAGUGUUAUUUAACAGGUAGAAUGUGACAAGCAUAGCCGUGAACAAAAUUUCCUGCAAUACUUUGUGUGAAAACCUUUGAUGGGUCAUAAGUUUUUUAAAUUUUUUUGUAAUGUAUGUUGUGUAUGGAGUAUUUAUUUUGUCUGUGUUUAUUUUUUUAUAAAUUUGAAAUGUGUUCACACUGCGCAGCUUCAUGCUUUCCAGGCACUGGCUUCCUCUGAGCCCACUUUAGCAGGUGCUAAAACUAUGUUAGAUUAGAUUUCCUGACUUUAAUCUCCUUUGUUGGAGUGCUCUGCAGAGAUAGAAAUAAAGUGAAAAUCAAAUCAAAGCAGACUGCAAUGCAACACUAAAGACAGGCCGCAGUCAUUUAAAGAAAUUACAGGAUGACUGCGGAUUGUUUUUCCAGCUCCGAUGCUAAUCAAUAUCAGGUUUAUUUUCCAGUCUCGUUUGCAUAUGAGCCUAUUUUUACUGCCUGCUGUAAACAUUCCAGUUUGAGGUGAGCAAACCAAACAUGCCCAACAUAUCCUUCCCUCUGUUUGUGUACGAUUUUUAGAAGACUGCCACAUUGAGUUGGACAGCUUUAGUAUAAAGUGUGUAUGCACCAUAGUGUUAGUCAAUUCUUACACUUGGAGUGUUGUUUUUUUGUUUUAACCAUUAAAAGAGUAGGCUUGUUAUAUUUCAGAUCCACAUGAUAGCACUGAAAUUUUCUGUAGCUUUGUUUCCUUCCCCACAAAACCAAUUAUCCACUUGUUUCCACUGUUAAUGCUACAGAGAUAUAAGCUUGUUCGCAUUACCGACCUUCUCCGGCCGCUCAGAUAAACUGCCUCCAGGACAGAGAGACAAUUAGAAAUGUAGAUGAAUCCUGCCUGCAGUUGUUUUUUUGUUACAUUCCCAACCAUAAACCUCAGUCUUAAUUUAACCUGAAUCAUUUGCCCCAGUGCCAGUCACCGUUUCAUUAUGUAAUAUUCAUUAAUGUGUAAAAUUAUGCAUGUCUUCCCAGCUUUCCUCCCCCAUUCUCAGGCUCAGAUAAUAGCCAAAACUAAUGUUAUCCUAAGAAUUAGACUUUUUCAGGAAGACCUGCUUUAAACAGAAAGUUCGCCCCUGAUCAAAUAUACAUGUUCCCCUCCUCGGCCUGCAGUGCUGUUUAUCUACUGGAUUGUUUUGGUAUGAAAGAAGACGGCUCCUACAUGACACAGGGCAACCAAAGGGGUGUGCUGCAAAGCAGGAUUAAUGAGCUAGUGAGGUAACUUGAGUCAGAGUUUUCAGGGUCCCUAAACGUGGCUCUCUUUUUCACCUGGCUAGAUUGCCAUGGUAACUGAUGCUGAACACAUGACCCGGUCAGGAGCAUAUUCUGUUCAGUUUCCUUUUAGGAUCAGGUGGAAGCACAGUGUUUACACUAAUUAUUUUAUUAUCAGUUUGCUCUCAGUGAAAUGUUGAUCCUUGCUGAAGGAAUAUGUUUUUUAUUUGCAACUUUUUGAAGCCG